ACUAUGUGGGGGAAAAAAAAGCCAUUUUCUGGCGCUGCUGCAAGAUCUAACGUUAACCAAGUCAAAAUAAUUUACCUGUAUCCACGUCGGGAGGUACUGGUGUUUUUCAUGUCAAAUCAGAUCCUUCCAGAUGGAUAAAAUGCAACCCAGUCGGCUAAAAAUCACAGAGCUGAAUCCUAACCUGAUAUGCCCACUGUGUGUGGGCUACUUCAUCGAUGCCACAACCAUUGUGGAGUGCUUGCACUCAUUCUGCAAGACGUGCAUUGUUGCCUUCCUGGAAACCAACAAGUUCUGCCCCAGAUGUGAUGUGCAAGUACACAAGACGUGUCCACAGCUCAGUAUCAGGUCAGACAAGACUCUACAGGACAUUGUAUACAAGUUGGUGCCUGGAUUAUUCAAAGAUGAGAUGAAACGAAGGCGGGACUUCUACACAAACCAGGAAAACCAACACCUGGAGCCAGGAGAAGUGGUGGAGGAGCCGACUAUUAUUGCAGAAGAUGAAAUCAUCAGUCUCUCCAUUCAGUUCCAUGAGAAGAACAAAAGUGACACACAACCUGUGGAUACAGAAGGAGACAAUACCAACAGCAAACGCUUCCUGCAAUGCCCGGCAGCCAUGACAGUCCUGCACUUAGCCAAGUUCCUGCGUAGCAAGAUGGACAUUCCGAACACCUUACGGAUUGAAGUGCUCUACACUGAUGAGCCCUUAAAGGACUACUACACGCUGAUGGAUAUCGCCUACAUGUAUUCUUGGCGACGUAAUGGCCCCCUCCCCCUGCAGUACUGUGUCAAGCCCACCCGGAAGCGUCGAAGGCUGUCCCAAGGUGCCGCCCAGGCCCACUCCGACGGUGUAAACACAAGCCCCACCUCUGAGAGCGACUCCCACAGCGACAAGGCCCUGAGCCCGGCUGGUCAGGUCCCCAGAGUCUCCACCCUGCCCAGCCCUGCCGUCCGAGGCCAACCCUCUACCCUUCAGAGCCCCAGCGGUACCACAGGACCCAACGGUACUCAACGGCUCCCUCUAGCCUCCAAGUCAGGGAGCAACGCCCGCAAGGUGAACGUCAACGGCAAAAGCAAUGGAGCAGCGACUGAGACUAGGGGAGGGGACAAAGGGGCAGUAUCACCCCCAACCUAAAUCUGAUACAUCCCAGAAACAUGGAGAGUGGAACAGAAUUGCCCCAAAAUGUCAGAGUAGCCCCUCAAUGGACCAAUGGACAGACAAGGAGAAAAUCUGCCAAGAGAGUACUGAGGGAGAGGGCGAUUGUGAUCAGCAAACAGACUGUCAAGUGCAGCCAAAUAGACAUUUCAAUGUGUGUGUGUCUGUGCGUUAGAGUAAACAUGCAUACAAAAUGUACAAUAUGUAUCCAAUGUGAGCAUUCGUACAUACCUGGUCAUGUAUAUAGAGUAUCUUUUAUACAGGAUAUUGUAAUUGUUUUGUAACUGUAUGAUAUGCAGUCGGUUCACGGAUUCCUUCCCCCAAGUCUUCACAAUUAAUUUGGCUUUAAAAUAUCAAUUGACAAAAUGCUGAAUGGCACUGCGAUGCGAUUGUCUGUCUGUAUGGGUAUGUAAUAUAUAUAAUAUAUAUACACACACAGUUGAAGUCGGAAGUUUACAUACACCUUAGCCAAAUAUAUUUAAACUCAGUUUUUCACAAUUCCUGACAUAUAAUCCCAGUAAACAUUUCC